ACCCACUUGAGCAUGUAAGAAGUGAUGCUAAAAUUUAUAUGCAAGUUGAAUUAAUUAAGUAUAGAAAAACUGAAUCAAGUGUAAAAAAAUCUGGAGACAAAGAAAAUCAUGAUUAUGAUCCUUAUGUUAUUCAAGCAUGCAAAGCUAGAAUAAUUAGUAAAAAAAAGCACAAUCUUAGUCAAAAUAUUAACAAAAAUAAUUUGAAUUGA